AUGUAUUCAGAUUCCGUGGUCAGAAUACCAUACCAGAAAGCCAUUCAAGCAGCACGACCAACUGAUGUGCCUUUUAUUUACAUGGGACACGGCGGCGUAAAUCAACUAGGGGGAGUGUUUGUGAAUGGUAGGCCCCUUCCUGAUGUAGUACGGCAAAGAAUUGUGGAACUUGCCCAUCAAGGAGUAAGGCCGUGUGACAUCUCUCGGCAGCUACGGGUUAGCCAUGGAUGUGUCAGCAAGAUUCUCGGCAGGUACUAUGAAACUGGAAGUAUCAAGCCUGGAGUAAUUGGGGGAUCAAAACCAAAGGUUGCAACACCCAAAGUGGUAGAGAAAAUCGCAGAGUACAAGCGUCAAAACCCCACUAUGUUUGCUUGGGAGAUCAGGGACAGGUUGUUGGCCGAACGUGUGUGUGACAAUGAUACUGUGCCCAGUGUCAGCUCCAUUAACAGGAUUAUCCGAACAAAAGUUCAGCAGCCAACAAACCAACAAGUUCCACCCUCCAAUCACAGUAUAGUUUCAACAGGAUCAGUUACUCAGGUGUCUUCAGUAAGUACAGAUUCAGCAGGAUCCUCUUACUCUAUCAGUGGAAUUCUGGGAAUUACGUCUUCAAAUGCCGAGAACAACAAGCGAAAAAGAGAUGAAGGUAUUCAAGAGUCCCCUAUACCAAAUGGCCACUCGCUUCCAGGACGGGACUUCUUGAGGAAACAGAUGCGUGGAGACCUCUUUACGCAACAACAACUGGAAGUGUUGGAUCGAGUAUUUGAGAGGCAGCAUUACACAGACAUCUUUACAACGACUGAACCUAUCAAACCUGAACAGCAGGUUCGUUGGCUUCCACGUUUGGAACAGGUUGAGUUUUCGAGUGGCUCAGCAGCACAGUGGCGCGAUUUUCGACUUGCUCUUCAUCAUGAGCCCCACAGCCGAACCUCGACAUCAGAAUACUCCGCCAUGGCAUCGCUAACAGGUGGUAUGGAUGAAAUGAAAUCCAGCCUAACAAGUCCAUCUUCAGCAGAUAUAGGAGGAAGUGUUCCUGGACCACAAUCAUACCCUAUUGUGACAGGUCGUGAUUUGACAAGCACAACCCUCCCUGGAUACCCUCCACACGUCCCCCCUGCCGGACAGGGCAGCUACUCUGCUCCGACGUUGACAGGAAUGGUGCCUGGAAGUGACUUCUCUGGAAGCCCAUACAGUCAUCCCCAGUACUCAUCAUACAAUGAUUCCUGGAGAUUUCCUAAUCCUGGUUUACUAGGUUCUCCAUAUUAUUAUAGUGCAGCUCGUGGGACUGCUCCCCCUGCCACCGCCACUGCGUACGACCGCCACUGACAGAAUGCAGUGAGAACUUAAGCACUUAUCUAUAUUUAUCUAUUGUGGAAAUGGUUCCAUACAAAAUACAAUUACUGGGAUCUUUAAAAAUGAAAAUAUGGUAGGACAGCAAACUGAAUAUUUCUUCUUCAUCUUUUCUAUAAUGGGAUGUAAACUUCAGAAGUUGUUAGAAUGGCGUUCUCACCAAUAUUCCCGAGGAGAGCCAUGUUGAGAUGUGACCUUGGCUACACUGGGACAAGCAGACAACCAAUGCACUCGCUUCUAUUGUGCUUCUUACACAGGCCAUCAUCUCCUUGAGGUUGGGAGAUGUCUACUCUACGUAUACAGCCUCGCUUUAAAUAACAUGCUGUUUUGUGAAAAUUAUUUGUGGCUCAGCAUUAAAAGCAACAUGGUACUAGUUUGUAAUUUGAAAAUGCUUACCACGUACAAUCUUUUAUAAAUGCUGCACUGAUUCAUGGGAUCCAGUAAGCUUUAACCAACAUUAAACCAGGUUAUCCUCCAUGAUAGCUACAUUGUGGCUGAUAUCACAGCGUGUGUGAAAUUCAUUCAAUCUUUUUUGUGAAUGGUGCAACAACUUAAUAUAUUGUUUUGUUUUGUUUUUAAAAAAAUGUCACAUUCCUGCCAAGCACACAUUCAAUGAAACCC